UGAUGGAAAAACCAACCUUAAACUUCUUGUUCCUUCGCUUUACAGGUAGCCCUGAUUAUUACUGACUUAAGCAUCGGAGUGUCUACCCCGAGAUCCAUCUCGGGGCUUUGCAGGUCAAUCCGGAGUGCAGAUACGGACUGAAGAAGGGCUUCCGGUUUGAUGCAGUUACAUUUUGGCGCCGUCUGUGGGAAACUGAACUAAAGGCUUCUUUGUUGCUCUUAUCAUGGUUAAAACUAGGUCAGCCCGAGGGGGAAACUCGUCUCAGCCUCUUGGACGAGGUCAGGUCCCCAGCAACCUUCCACCUCAUCCUCCACCCCCAAUCCCAAAUACAUUCCCUCCUGUUGAUCAUGCAGAAGGAGAAGAUGAAAAUCAACCACACAAUUCGCAAGUGCUGGCUCAGCUGUUAGCCCGGAACAAUCCUGGUGAUCCACUCAUCAAUCUACUUAAUCCUGCCCCACCACAACCCCCGGCCCCACCACAAAAUCCUGGACCAGUUCAAGAUGCUCCCGCUGUUAGUGAAUCUCAGGGCCAAUCUCACAUCGCGCCGGUUAUGCAACCCCCUCGUGAUGAUGUCGCUCGGCGUUUAGACAGCUUAGAAAAGCUAGUGGUCGAACAGCGAGGUAUUCCACCUCCACACCCUGCUGCUGACUCCGUACCUCACCCUCUCAACACCAAUAUUAUAUUGGAACCCUACCCCGUUGGCUUCAGAAUACCACAGCUUGAAACUUAUGAUGGGACGAAGGACCCCGAUGAUCAUCUACAUGCUUUCUACUCUUGCAUGCAGGCCCAGAACGCUUCUGAUGCAUUGAUGUGCAAAAUCUUCCCCUUUACUCUCCUAGGUAACGCUCGAACCUGGUACUACAGUCUGCCUCCGAGAUCAAUCAACUCAUACACAGAACUGGCAUCCGCUUUUGCCACAAAGUUUUCCAGUAGAAGGUUGAUCAGGAAAACCACUUCCGAGCUGAUGCGGGUUAAGCAAAGGGGCGGAGAGUCUUUGAAGAAUUUUAUGAGCAGAUUCAAUGAUGCAGUGCUAGAGGUUAACUCUUUCGACCAAGCAGUGGGCAUUACAGCUGUGAUCUUGGGUCUCGGCCAUGAAAGAUUCAGAGAAAGUCUGCUCAAACAUCUCGCCACCACCUUCAGUGAGGUAAAUGAUAGAUCAUUGAAAUUCAUAACUGCUGAGGAAUAUGCCCUGUCGCAGAACGUCACCCCUGCCAAGAAUCAACACCCAGACUGGCGAGAGGAGAAUCCGAACAGGAAACGGAUGAAGACAUCGCAGAACCGAGGAUCGAUGUCGACCCUGAGAUUCGGAAGGCCGAACCCAGCACCUCCGCAACAACCUGUAGGUAAACCUCCAGUUAAUUGGACUCCUUUUAAUUUACCAAGGUCACAAAUCUUCAUGCAGAUUAAGAAUAAAAUGGACUUACGACGUCCGGGUCCAAUGAGAACUGCUGCUGCUACCAGAGACCAUACACGCCUGGCGCAGAAAGGGAUGCUGAAUGAGUACAUCCAAAGAGUGGAACAGCCUCGAUUCGUCAGGGAACAAGGGACACAGCAUCAAGGAAUCCGCAACCCCCCAAACAGGCAAGGUGUGGGAUAUCAGCAGGCCCCACCACCACUCCCAUCACCAGCUAGAGUCACACAUAUGAUUACGGGAGGUCUGGAAGCAGGUGGAUUGAGCUCUAAGCAGAGAAAGUUGUACGUUAGAGAGGUUAAGCACCAGAACCGGAGUCAGAAGCGCAAAUUUGACGAGGCUGAGUGGAAGAAUCAACCCAUCACCUUCACAUCUGCUGAUCUCUAAACAGUUGUCACACCUCACAAUGAUCCUCUAGUUACUUCCGUCACGAUCAACAAUUGUGAAGUGCAGCGAGUCCUUGUUGACACCGGGAGUGCACCAGACAUCAUGUACUUCCAUUGUUUUGAAAGUCUUGGAAUAGAUCCGGCUCUGUUGC